UAGGACUGCUUCCGCUAGAUAUAUUUGCUGCUCUUACUUAACCCUCACUCGAUGCCAUUGUCUGCAAAGUUCAAACGAACAAAAAGCAGCAAAACCGGGAAAAUUUUAUUGUUGAUACUUAUGCAAUAAUUAUAUAAUUCCAUCAACAACAAAAAAUGGCAUCAAAUGAGGGUUAGGUAAGAGCAGCAAAUAUACCUAGCGGAAGCAGUCCUAGAAAAUUUUAGUCACGUGACGUUUUGCUGCCGCAGCGUGCUGCUGUAUGAAGAGGUAUCUUAAAAAUGACUUGUAGAACGCGAUACAGGUUUAACGUCAGCGUCAACUUUAACAGUCGGUCAGCUAAACUUGGAUUAACUUAAACCUUGUGAAACCGGAGCCUUAGUGGAUAUUACUGCUGGGAAAAUAUCAAUUGGAGUAUAUCAGCUGAGCUGUCAUGUAUUCCACAAAAACACCACGCAUACUUUCGAUCCAGAGUCAUGUAGUAUCAGGAUACGUCGGUAACAAGAGUGCUACAUUUCCUUUACAGCUAUUAGGCUUUGAGGUUGAUGCAAUUAACUCGGUACAGUUAUCUAAUCAUACUGGUUAUAAAGUAUUUAAAGGUCAGAUACUUGAUGAUAAAAACUUAGAUGACUUAGUUGAUGGUUUAGCACAAAAUGACUUAGAUCAUUAUACACAUUUACUAACUGGGUAUAUUGGUUCUGCUUCCUUUUUAAAAAGAGUAGCAUUACUGGUUACAGCAUUAAAAUGUAAAAAUCCAAAUCUUAUAUAUGUUUGCGAUCCUGUUAUGGGUGACAAUGGAAAGAUGUACGUCCCAGAAACAUUGAAAGAAAUUUAUAAGAAGGAAAUAGUACCAUUAGCGGAUGUGCUAACUCCGAACCAGUUUGAAUUAGAAUUGCUAACAAAUCAGAAAGUCACCAAUAUGAUUGAAUUAAAAAGUGCAAUAAAAAAAUUACAUCAGAUUGGGCCACAAACUGUGGCUGUAUCAUCAACCGAAAUUGAUUCUAAAUUGACAGCAGUAGUCAGCACAACUAAAGAUAAUACAAUAAUGAAAAUAGAUAUUCCCAAAAUACCAGCAACUUUUACGGGUUCUGGAGAUCUUUUUGCUGCAUUAUUUCUUGCUCACUUGUAUUUACAAAGUGAUAUGAAAACCAUUAUGGAGAAAACUGUGAAUUCCCUGUACAAUGUGCUACUUAAUACUUACGAAUAUUCUAAAGCAUGUACAGAUGUUGAUGCACAGCCAGCAAAAACAAUUGAACUAAAACUUAUACAAAGUAAAAAAAGCAUUGAAAAUCCAGAAACUCGUCUGUUUGCGGAAUUUUUAUAACAAUGUUAAAUCAUGAGAGACUUGUUUAUGGUCUAGAAUAUUAUAUAUAUAUGGUGUGCUUGCGUCAAAAAUGUUGCAUUUAAUCUAUAGUACACUUUACGUAUAGUAUAGAUAAAUGCGCGCAUAUGCGUGAAACGGAACGCAGCUUAAGUCUACAAAGCAUUUGUUAAAUUGCACUUAUUAACAUUCGAAGACGUUUUUCGGGUUUGAAUCGCGUUAGUGUUAUUUUUAUACCGAUAUUUCGUGAACAUUUCAGUUUACUUCAUCAGGGUUUCAAGAGCAACCUGUAUACACGUCAAUAUAAAAAUAACACUAACGCGGUUCAAACCCGAUAAACAUCUUUGAAUGUUAAUAUAACACACCGCAAAAGCAUCAAACAUCAAAUUGCAUUUAUAUAUAAUAUUGCAAAAGAUCGAUGUUAUAUAUAUAUAGUAGUGUCUCGCUAACUUUUUGCUCCACGAUUCCGCGAGCGGAAAAAUGCCGAGAGAGGUAUUGUUCCGUGAAUUGCCGACUGUUAUUUCUGGCACGACCACGGGUUUGACCGCCGCAGAGUCUUCCUUACCAAUUCGCGCAAAGCCUCAGCGAAGCAUUUCUAGGAAUUGGUGGAGAUAACUCCCAGCACGAUACCGAGGGAAAAAUUCCACAUGUUUGCGAUGCACUACUGUAAUAACAUCGAUCUUACAAUAAUGUAAAGAAUGUAAUAAUGAAAUUCCAAAAUCCGAUGUACCUGUUUGUUAAAAUAUAUAUAAUUAUUUAUUCAUA